GCAGAAAAUUCAGUCCUGAAGCAGCACUUGGAGCUUUUUGUUGUUAUCACGAAUCAGUUUUUGGACUUCUGGUCUUCAUCCCUGUGAUCCCCCAGAUGAUCCCAGGACCUCACAGUGGAGCUGCUCUACUGACUCCGCCUUCAUAUGGGUUUUUUUGACCUUCUCCCCCCUUGCAGAACUUUCAGUAAACCUUCGUGAUCAACGGCUGAUAAAGUUUUUCAAAUCUCCAGGAUACUUCAUUAGUGAUGACAAACUUGACUUCAACCAUGGAGAACAUCUCGAUCCACAGCAGCUUUCCACCCGUCUGCAACGACUCAGACUUCUACUCCCUGAUGUCAGGGAACCACUCGGACCUGAAGUGUACUCCUCCCUCUGAGUUAUACUUCUACGCAGACCUCUACAUCAUCUUACCGAUCAUCUACUCCAUCAUCUGCGCGGUGGGGCUGACGGGCAACACGGCCAUCAUCUACGUGAUCCUCAAAGCCCCUAAGAUGAAAACAGUCACCAACAUAUUCAUCUUGAACUUGGCCAUCGCCGAUGACUUGUUCACUUUGGUCUUGCCAAUCAACAUUGCCGAACACUUGCUGCACUACUGGCCUUUCGGUGAGGUUUUGUGCAAAAUCAUCGUCAGCAUUGACCAUUAUAACAUUUUCUCUAGUAUCUACUUCCUCACCGUAAUGAGUGUUGAUCGCUACCUAGUCGUCUUGGCCACUGUCAAGUCCAAACGCAUGCCUUACCGCACCUACAGAGCUGCCAGAAUCAUCUCGUUUUGUGUGUGGGUGCUCGUAAUCCUCAUUGUGAUGCCUUUUACCAUUUUUGCCAGCGUCUACAUCAACCCGCAUGAUGGGCGAAAGAGAUGUGCGCUCAGCCUCCCCGCCCCCGAGAGCCUGUGGUUCAAGGCAAGCCGGAUCUACACGCUCAUUCUGAGCUUUGCCAUCCCUGUCUCCACCAUCUGUAUUUUAUACUCCAUGAUGCUCUACAAGUUGAGGAACAUGCAGCUCAACAGCAAUGCUAAAGCACUCGACAAGGCCAAGAAGAAAGUCACCAUCAUGGUCUUCAUCGUCUUGGCCGUCUGCUUGUUCUGCUGGACACCUUUCCACCUCAGCACCAUUGUGGCCCUGACGACAGACCUGAGAACCACACCACUGCUGAUCGGGAUCUCCUACUUCAUAACCAGCUUGAGCUAUGCCAACUCCUGUCUGAACCCGUUUCUCUAUGCCUUCUUGGACGACAGUUUCAGGAAAGCCUUCAAGAAGAUGUUGGAAUGUAGACCCACUUGAAUGUUCUAUGAUCACAAGAGUAGAAGAGGACUAAGAGAACCGAGUGAGUGUAAAAAAAGACCAGCAGUGCAUCGCUCCAGCAGAGAUGAACCUUAAAUGUGCACUUUUGCACAACAAGACAUAACUGAAAGUUGUAAGAACAUCAAGUCUGAAUGCGACGCUGCUAACGGGCGGCGUGUUGAUCUCCAUGUGUCA